CGGCUGGGCCUGUCGUGCAACCCGUUCCCUGCACUAGCUCUGUCUGCACUCACUCUCGAGUUUGCUUCACCGUUCUCGAGAUCUCAGUGAAUAGAAGGAGGUGAGUGUCGCUGACAUGUUCACUGGAGCACGUCUGUCUCUCGAUAUAUAUAAGAGAGUACGUGCUCUCUAUCUUUCUUCUUCCACACACUCUUCAUUCGCACUUCCUCAGCCUCCAUCGCUCUCGCCACGCUCCCGAAGUUGGCCCUCAAGUCACUCUCGUGACCGCAUCCACCUACGCAUCCCCCGCUGUACCACGGCACCUUCAGUCACCUCCGACCACUCUCUCAGCCUCGCACGAAGAUGCCUUCGCAACCAGCUCGCGAGAACCAAGCCCCCAAGGCUGGCGCUCACCAACCUCGCCCGGGCUCCAGCUAUCAGUACCCCGGCACCGACAUCGUUCAAACGUCACACCACAGCAAUCAAGACGCGCCCGGUGCGAAAGAGCCCAAGGCUGCGGAGCAGUAUCGCAAGAUGGCGGGACCGUACCCCAGUCCGAAGGGCAAGAGGAUUGCGGGCACGAACAUUGUCCAGACCAACUUCCCUCAGUUCAACAAGCAGCAGCAGCAGAAGGAAGCAGGGGGGAAAUAGGGGACACUUGAAGGUUAGGGCGAGCAUCGACGGCACCUACAGGCUGGCUAAACCGAGCAUGAAGAUGGGCUUCUGCAAUGAAUGAAGAUCGUUUACUCAUCUAAUUUAUCCUCUCUUCAAUCCGUCUGUAAGAUCACGUCUAUC